ACUCACUCCCAGCCUCUGGCCACCAUGGGGGCCCGAGCACCCUUGCCUUCUUUCUGGGUUUGCACUCUUUUGCCGAGACAGAGAUUUUGUUCCCAGGAGGCACUCUCUGGCCCAUGGGAUCUCGGCAUUCAAAGCAGCACAGGAAACCCGGGCCCCUGAAACGGGGCCAUGGAAGAGAUCGGAGAUCAUCCAGGAGGAAGUACUGGAAGGAAGGAAGGGAGAUCGCUGGUGUCUUAGAUGAUGAGGGCAGCAACCUGAGGCAGCAGAAGCUUGACCGGCAGCGGGCACUGCUGGAACAGAAGCAGAAGAAGAAGCGCCAGGAGCCCCUGAUGGUGCAGGCCAACGCAGAUGGGCGGCCCCGGAGUCGGCGGGCCCGGCAGUCCGAGGAGCAAGCCCCCUUGGUGGAGUCCUACCUCAGCAGCAGCGGCAGCACCAGCUAUCAAGUUCAAGAGGCCGACUCACUUGCCAGUGUGCAGCUGGGAGCCACCCACCCACCAGCACCAGCCUCAGCCAAGAGAACCAAGGCAGCAACUGCAUCAGGGGGCCAGGGUGGGGCCUCUAGGAAAGAGAAGAAGGGGAAGCACAAAGGCACCAGCGGGCCAGCAACACUGGCAGAAGACAAGUCUGAGGCCCAAGGCCCAGUGCAGAUCCUGACUGUGGGCCAGUCAGACCACGCCCAGGACGCGGGGGAGACAGCAGCCGGUGGGGGCCCACGGCCCAGCGGGCAGGACCUCCGUGCCAAGAUGCAGAGGAAGGGCAUCUCCAGUAGCAUGAGCUUUGAUGAAGAGGAGGAGGAUGAGGAUGAGAAUAGCUCGAGCUCUUCCCAGCUGAACAGCAACACCCGCCCUAGCUCUGCCACUAGCAGGAAGUCUGUCAGGGAGGCAGCCUCAGCCCCCAGCCCAACAGCUCCAGAGCCACUGGCCGACGUGGAGGUCCAGGAUCUUGAAGAGUUUGGACUGAGGCCAGCACCCCAGGGUAUCACCAUCAAAUGCCGCAUCACUCGAGACAAAAAGGGGAUGGACCGGGGCAUGUACCCUACUUACUUCCUGCACCUGGAUCGAGAGGAUGGGAAGAAGGUGUUCCUCCUGGCGGGAAGGAAGAGAAAGAAGAGUAAAACUUCCAAUUACCUCAUCUCCGUGGACCCAACAGACUUGUCUCGAGGAGGGGACAGCUACAUUGGGAAAUUGAGGUCCAACCUGAUGGGCACCAAGUUCACAGUUUAUGACAAUGGAGUCAACCCUCAGAAGGCAUCAUCCUCUACUUUGGAAAGUGGAACCUUGCGCCAGGAGCUGGCAGCUGUAUGCUAUGAGACAAAUGUCUUAGGCUUCAAGGGGCCUCGGAAGAUGAGUGUAAUUGUCCCAGGCAUGAAUAUGGUUCACGAAAGAGUCUCUAUCCGUCCCCGCAAUGAGCACGAGACACUGCUAGCACGCUGGCAGAAUAAGAACACAGAGACUAUCAUUGAGCUGCAAAACAAGACACCAGUCUGGAAUGACGACACACAGUCCUAUGUACUCAACUUCCAUGGGCGUGUCACCCAGGCCUCUGUGAAGAACUUCCAGAUCAUCCAUGGCAAUGACCCGGACUACAUCGUCAUGCAGUUUGGCCGGGUAGCAGAGGAUGUGUUCACCAUGGAUUACAACUACCCGCUGUGUGCACUGCAGGCCUUUGCCAUUGCUCUGUCCAGCUUCGACAGCAAGCUGGCUUGUGAGUAAGAGGCCGCCUCGUGCCCUCUGGGGUUGCCCAGCCUGAAGUGGAGCUUGCCUGCCUGCCUGCCUGCCUGCGGAGACAGCCCUGCCUACCCUCUGUUCACAGGCCUUCUGCCAGAUGAAGCUUGGGUCCUUGGCAGGGAGCGGCCUAACCAACCAGGAACUGGCUCCUCUGCCUCUACUGCUGGGGCAAGGGAGUAGCAAGUGGGUAUUAAGAGAUGAGAAUAAUUCUUUCUGUGCCCCAAGAUCAACACACACCUCCAUUUUUGGGUUAGUACCCUGCUGCAGUCAUGUUUGCAAUGCUGGGUUCCUCUUCAAUGGGAA